CAACAGUUUUGCGCAAACUCAGUGCAUCUGAUCUAAAACGGUUGGCUUCGAUGCGUCGUGACUCUCGUGUGUGAUGCAAUCUUGACUGCGCGCGUUCGCCGACUCGACAUCGACCCGGAUCUCAUUUCUUGACGGAAGAGUUUGCCCGACGUCACCAACUGCCGACCAACGCAGAACAUCACACCAAAAUGGCGGAAAAGCGUGGCGCAGUCGAUCCGGCAAUCUUCGAACAACUCCAGGAGCGCGUUGACCAGGACAGUCAAGUGCGUGAUGAGCUGCGCGACAUCAUCCAGACGCUCGAGAAGCAGGGUCGCUCUGCUCAAUCUAUCCUCUCGAGAGCCCAUUCAACACCGACGGCUGAGUUGCCCGAGGUUAUUAACGCCGCCGAAGGAGCCAUCCGGUAUGAGAUAGACGCCGUUGGCAAGCUCGCCGAAGCUUCCAACAACCACCCUUACUACAAAUUCAAUGGUAUCUGGACGCGCCAAGUUCAGGACACGGUCUUCACCAUCUUGUUCUGCGGCUACCUUGGUGGAUAUUCAAGCGAUGGUAGCGAUACGAAGGCCGGCCGUCUGCUGACUAUUGAGGAGGUGGGCAGCAUCAUGAAUGUUCCCGUCAAUCUCAAGGACAAGGACUCAUUCCACCUUGCAAUCGAGGAGUAUCUCCAAGCUCUCAUCUCGCUGAUUGACGAGUUGGCCCGCCUUGCGAGAAACUCUGUCACUCUUGGCGACUACAAGCGCCCCAUGCAGAUUUCGCAGUUCAUCAAGGAUGUUCACGCCGGAUUCCAAAUCCUCAACCUGAAGAACGAUUCUCUGAGGAGACGUAGUGACGGCAUUAAAUACAGGGUCAAGGAGGUUGAGGAUGUUGUCUAUGAUCUGUCUCUGCGCAACCUCGUCCCUGGUGAGGAAGGUAACUGAGCCAUUUUCUGGAGCUACUGGCCCGGCCAUUUCAAUUAGCUUCAUGGUUGGGCGGCGCACAGCAGCUGCCCAUUUUUUCUUUGGCAACGAAAAAACAAAAGCAAUAGGAGAAAGGCUAUAUAAUAGCCCGGUUAAAGAUCAAUGCAUUUCGCGCAUAAAGUGCCCAG